UAUGCUCUCUGCCUCAGAAUAUGGACACGGUGGUGGUGAGCCGGCUUUACCUGGCCCUGGUGCUGCUGUUUCUGUUGAAGGAGACUGACCUGUGGAGCGUGGCCGACAGGUUUCUGCUCAGCCGGGGCUUCAUCCAGACACUGCUCAGCUCCUCCUCCGCCCAGGAGCUGGAGGAGUUCUGGCCCUUCAACGCUCUCCUGACUGAGCUGACCCGCAGGCUGACCUACUGUGUCCAGGCCGAGCUCAUCCCUCUCAUGGAGGUAGCGGGAGUCAUGGAGGGAAGAGCCAAGCAGCAGUACAAAACUGGAUAUAAGACACUGGCUCAUCUGGCCAACGCUGACCCAAACGUUCUUAUGAAGACUUCGGCUUGUUUCUUGAAGAGGUUCUCCAAUCAGAUUGUUGCUUCUGCAAAAGUAUGACUGUUGUCAAAUGCUUAGCACACACACACACACAAUUGUGCUGUUUACAUCGUAAAUCCAUAAAGAAUAAAUAAAAAAAUUGAAUAUCGUAGAAAAUGGGAUUGUGAUGAGACGUGACGAGCAUUUACUCUGUGAUCGUUGUCCUUUUUGGUGGUCUUCCUUUGUUUCAGAUGCUGCUGAAUAAGAAAGCUGAUGCACUUCAGGAGGAGGUGGAUGACUUGUUAAUGAUGCCUCUUGAUCUCCCUUCUUUGUAAACAUGUUGCUGGGGUGGAUUUAUUUAGUAAACAUUACUUUUAUUUGGCCUGGUGUGUUAAUAUUGUUUGGUGUAACAUAUUGUUUAUCGGAGUGCUAU